GCUCUCACCAUGCGAAAGCACUUUAUUUGACAGUCAUGUUAUUGUUUACAGUCGGGCAGUGACACGGUACUUGCUGUCAGACCCGGCAACUUUGGCCUGUCUUUAGAAGAUUUAGUUUUGCUACAGUAGCCUACCAUUACUUUCUUUGUGAAAUAGCUUGUAAGCUUUGUUUAAACGUUUUUAUUUAAGUUUUGUUUAUUAAGCACUUUGUUAACUUAACUUAACUUUGUCAUCGCGAAGCACUCCCUUUGUGCCACCAUGGACCAAACCCAAUCGUACCCAGUGACACUGUACAUUUACGACAUAUCCAGAGGCAUGGCCCGACAGCUGAGUCCUAUCAUGCUUGGGAGACAGCUUGACGGGAUAUGGCACACUGCUAUUGUGAUCCAUGGGAAGGAGUUCUUCUUUGUGGGAGAAGGCAUCAACAAUUGUCCACCGGGUGGCAUGCCUCUGGGUGAGCCUGACUCCACAGUGGACCUGGGCUCCACCGAGGUGCCGGAAGAUGUCUUUAUGGAGUACCUGUUUUCACUGGCAGAGUCCACAUACGGCGCUGACAAGUACAACCUGUUUGAGCACAACUGCAACACUUUCAGCAACGAGGUGGCCCAGUUCCUCACGGGGACAAAGAUCCCGUCGUACAUCACAGACCUUCCGUCUGAAGUUCUAUCCACGCCUUUUGGCCAGGCUCUGCGUCCGUUACUGGAUUCCCUCGUCAUAAACCCCGGAGGCAGCAACAUAACUGGACAGCGGUAGACUGCGUGGCUCACGUUACAGGGAAACACCUUCGUGUGAAAGCGCAGGUGACCAUCGGAGCCUCGCCAUCCGCCACACGCUGAUCACAUCGCUGCCUGUGAUUGACAGGUUGAGCUUUGCUAGUAGUCACUUUUCAAAUUAACCAAUCAUCAUUUGCAUGUUUUUUUUCUUUUGAGUUUAUGAAUUUUCUACACAGCAGUCAUGAAGGGGAGCCAGGGGACUAAAAAGAGUAUUUUUUUCCUCUCUGGACGUGAGAAUACUUGUCGUAGUAUGACAUGCGUAUCGAUUGUGUAUUAACUGGGGUGCGAUGAUGCCGCCGUCUACUUUAAAUUGAAUGAUGUGAUAUAAGUUCAUAUAUAUUUGACAGAAUCCGACGAUAAAUGACAAUGACAAUAAUGAGUAAUUUAGGCACCUUAAAACCAUAAAAGAAAGGUAUGUGAUAUUUGCUGUCACUGUACCAUGUAAGUAGUGCAUGAGGCAGAUAAUCAGUGAAGAAAAGGCUCCUCUGCUUCUGCUCUCAGGCUCCACCGUGGCAUUUAAAAGAUGCCGACGCACCAAUCGAUGCCAACCAUCAAGCUGGCCAAAGGUGGUCUUGUGCUUUGUUUUAGCAGAUACGUCACAAAGUCACCAAACUCCAUCAACUGCAGCUUUAAGAAGACCUCUCUAAAUGUGCUGUGACGGUCUUCCACCGCGUUGUGACCAUAUCAAUUACUUGGAAAUGUGAUUUGAGUGCAACGCCUCUUAAAAGGUGCCACGUUUCCACCCACCACUUCACCGCCUUGUGGUCAUUUACAAGUGAUUAUUUUUUAAACCCAUGCACAUCUGGGCUCCACAGUCUGGCUCUGCUUUACCGACGCUGUGACUAAAGUGCGCCAAUGAGUCAUGAAAUCUGACUCCAUGCUUUGUGACAUUUCUACUCCAGUUGGUCGCUUUUUGGUUUGCGCCCGGCUGCAUCAGUCGCCAUAGCAACGCCACCCCCUUAGAAGUGGCUGCCGCUCCUUCCGUCCCGCCGCGUUGAGACCGAUGGAAAGAAUGGCGCCCAGAGGUGCACCAUCUUUACCUUGGGAGCCAUUUAGAGACACGAGUAUUUCAGAAAGAGGGUAAAAAUAUGUUCAAACAGACACUAGGAGAAAAACAGGUUUUUUUUUUUUACAUUAAUGAAUGAAAACAUGUAGUGUUAACCCAAAAUAUAAGUGUGAACCUGAUGAUUCCCUUAUGUCUUUAAUAAUUGAUUCUUAUUCUUAUUUCUGUAUCUGUAUUGUAAUCUUACUUGCACUUCUAGAAGUCCUCUUUUAACAUGCUAUUUUCUGUUUUGUGGUCUUAAUUAUAUCAGUAGCACAUGUCUGGAGUAAGUCACACUGCUGGCUCGUCUUUGUAUUCUGUGUUAUCACAAAAUACACCAAAUCUUCUGGGUUGUUUAUUCCACUUGUGUGUUACUCGUUCUCUCAGGAACUUCUAAGGAUUACAGAGCAUAGGAUUGUUUUAUUUGUUUUUUAUUGUUAAGUAAAUCCAGUACAGUAGGACUCUGCAUCUGCAGUACUGCUGCCCUUAAGGCGCUGCUUGAAUUCAAAUAAACUUUCUCAUUUCAGUUUCUUUGUUACUUUUGAAAUGUAAUUAAAUACUAUUGUUUCUAAACCUACGUGAUAACA